GCAGGUGGUGACACCGUGCCAGAUCCGGCCCUCCUCGUCGGUGGAGUUUUACCCAAGCCGCCCGCUUCGCCUUCAAUUCAACCGUCCCCGUCCCGUCCGCCUCACGUCGGCAGUAGGGGACGACGACGAGGGAGACCACACCUGCACACCACUGUGGGUGUGGGUGGGGCAGUGGGAUUGGGAAGGAAGGAGGAACCGUCCUCGUCUGGUCUGCCCACGCGCUUCCAUUCCAAGGGAGGAUCACAUGCUCGCUCGCGGACGACGCACACCUACCAAUUCUGCAGAUCAUCGACCUCUCGCCGCCACCGCCACCGCCAUCUCUACGGCGCCGCGCUCCUAAUCCCCACCCACCCGAAUCGCUCCGCCACUCGCGCGUUAAGUGGCCUCCCUCUGAGUCAUCGGUCGGAUCUAGCGCCUCUGCGGAUUGGCCGCCCGCGCGAUCUGGUCAUCGUGGGGAUGCGGGGGGAGGAGGGGCGGAGGGGGAGGCGAUGAGCGGCGCCGCCUCGCUGGGGCUGCGCACGGGGAGCUGCGGCUCCCUGCCCGCGGCGGGCGCGGGCGCCGGCGCCGCCGUCCCCGUCGGGAGGAAAGCCCGGGGCUGGGGCCUGCGCGCCGGCGCCGGCGCCGGCGGCGGGGACAAGGAGCGCCUGCAGCUGCUGCACCGCGCGCUGCGCCUCGUCGGCCGCCGCGGGGCCGGACUGCUCCUGCUGCUCGCCGUCGCCUCCGCCGCGCUCUUCUGCUCCCUCUUCGCCGUCGUCAAAGAUGACAACACUUCUUCAAUUAUCAUUGCUAGCAACUACGAAGUCACCAAUGCCAUCCAGAAUUCUGUAUACCCCAGCACAACAAGGCCUCUUAUGAUGUCCAAUGACCACAACAAAUUCGAGCAUCCAAAUCGGCUUCAUCUUUCACCUGGAAACUUCACAAAUCAUCCUUGUGAAGGUUUCGCAGUUCCUCCUAUCCUGUUUGAUAAGAAACGCACUGGGCCUCGACCAUGCCCUGUUUGCUAUGUCUCGGUAGAUCAGGCAUUUGCUCUGAUGCCUCUACAAGCUUCGCCAUCUCCUGUCCUUGAAAACUUAGAUUAUGCCUUGGAAGACAGCGUCACAGCAAAUUUCUCAAAUCCGGGCUCUGCAUUUGGAGGGCAUCUAUCUCUGGAGCAGAGAAAUAAAUCUUUUGACAUUACCAAUUCGAUGACUGUCCACUGUGGAUUUGUUAGAGGAAAGAAACCUGGCCAAGGUACCGGAUUUGACAUCAGUGAUGAUGAUCUGCUAGAAAUGGAGCAAUGCCGUGAGCUUGUUGUAGCUUCCGCCAUUUUCGGGAACUAUGAUAUGAUUCAACAUCCAAGGAAUGUCAAUGAAUUGUCAAAGGCAAAUGCGUGUUUUUAUAUGUUUGUAGACGAAGAAACAAUGGCUUAUGUCAAGAAUUCCAGCUCACUGUACAAAGAUAAUAAAGUUGGCUUAUGGAGGCUAGUGGUUGUCCGAAACCUCCCUUAUGAAGAUCCAAGGCGCACGGGGAAGAUUCCCAAGCUUCUGCUCCAUAGGCUAUUUCCAAAUGUAAGAUUUUCAGUUUGGAUAGACGCAAAGCUUCAGCUUGUUGUGGAUCCUUAUUUACUGCUUGAGAGGUUUCUGUGGAGAAAGAAUUCUAGUUUUGCGAUAUCUCGGCACUACAGACGUUUUGAUGUGUAUGAAGAAGCAGAAGCUAAUAAAGCUGCUGGAAAGUAUGACAAUGCAUCAAUCGAUGAACAAAUAGAUUUUUACAGAAAUGAGGGCCUAACACAUUAUUCUCCCGCCAAGCUUCCUAUCACAAGUGACGUCCCAGAAGGCUGUGUGAUCAUCAGAGAACACGUCCCUAUCUCGAACCUCUUCACAUGUCUUUGGUUCAAUGAAGUUGACCGUUUCACCGCCAGGGAUCAAAUUAGCUUCAGCACCGUCCGGGACAAAAUAAGGGCUAAAGUCGGCUGGAUGCCCCAGAUGUUCCUGGACUGCGAAAGGCGCAACUUUGUUGUCCAGGCAUACCACAGGGAGCUGCUAGAGCAGAUGAUUGCGUCCGGCAGGAACACGCCUCCGAUCGCGGUCGAACCAUCUCGGAAAAUCAGACCAGGUAGCAGCAGGAGAGCUCCCCCGUCGAAGAAGCCUGUCGUGAGGCGGAAAAAGGAGAAGAAAUCGAGCUCGCGGAGGCGGGCCGCGAAGCCGGUUACCUGGGCGAUGGAUGCUGGGUGACGGAGGUUCACCGGGAUGGAUGGACGGACUCCUGUCACUCGAUAGUUGGGUGUGGCCGUAUGUAUGGCAGCUGGUGCCACUAGGUGGGGAGAGGGAGAGAGAGAAGGAAUGGAGGAUUGUAAUUUUUUGCCGGCCACGAAAUGGAAUUUGUUGAUAGCCAAUUCUUCAUUGUUGUUGUAAAUAACAGCGGAAAGCAGUAUCAUUCAAUGAGCCCGGCCUGUUUUGGGUCGAGUUAUUACAGUAAA